AUGUCUCCCCCGCCCGCGUCCGGCAAGAAGGUGGGUCCGCGCGACCUGUUCAACGGCGGCCUGCUGCAGUGCCUGGAGGCCGCGACGCUGGGCAUGCCCUUCGAGGUCUGGAAGACGCGCAUGGGCCGCUACCGCACCGAGUCGACGACGCAGGCCUUCCGCAACGUCAUGCGCGAGGGCGGCGGCGUGUCCGCCUUCUGGGCCGGCACGGGCCCCAAGAUGGUCGAGUCGGCGUCCAAGGGCGCCAUCCUGCUCUUCUCCAAGGAGGCCAUCUCCGACUCGCUGCUGUCGGCGGGCGUGGGCCAGAGUGCCACGGGCUUCCUGGCCGGAGCCGGCGGCGGCGUGUGCCAGGUCGUAGUCAUGGGGCCCUGCACCUUCCUGGUCACGGGCGCCGUCACGGGCGACCGCUCCAUCUCCACCAUGCAGCGCAUCCACAACGUGUACGGCGCGCACGGCCUCAAGGGCUUCUACCCGGGCGGCACGGCCAUCGCCUUCCGCCAGGCCACCAACUGGGCGUCGCGCCAGGGCUUCACGGAGAUUGUGCGCGGCCGGUUCAAGGUGCUGUUCCACGGCGACAAGGACGCCAAGCUCACGGUGGCCCAGGAGGCCGGCGCCGGUAUCGUUGGCGGCGGCCUGGCCUGCUGGAACCACCCCUUCGAGGUGGCGCGCAUCCAGAUGCAGAGCGCCGCGGACCGCGGCGAGCCCAAGCAGAACAUGGUGCAGGUCUUCCGCACGGUGGUCAAGGAGCAGGGCUACGGAGGCCUGUUCAAGGGCAUCGUGCCGCGCCUGGGACUGGGCAUCUGGCAGACGCUCUUCAUGGUCACGGGCGCCAAGCUCGUGCGUCAGGCGCUGGAGGACAUGGAGGCCAAGAAAUAG